CACCGUUUUCUCUUCUCCAAUCCAACAUGCCAUACCGCUUUUGCUUUAUAAACUAUGUUGAACAAGUUAUAUGUCUGUGUAUUAGAAGCCAAAGACUUACCCGUGAAAAAUUCUCGUGUGAAGCUUAAACUUGGAAAGUUUAAAUACAAGACAAGGAUAUUGAAAAACACGUUCAAUCCCAUUUGGAACGAGGAGUUUGUUUUUAAGGUGAAGGAUAUUGCUGAGGAUGUGCUUGUUGUCAAUGUUGUUAAUCAUAGUGAUCAAUCAAAGGUAGUGGAUUUUGUUGGUGAGGUACGGAUUCCGGUUGGUUCGGUUGGUUUUGAGGAUAAUAAGCAAAUAUUGCCACCCACUUGGUUCGAGCUUCAAUGUUCUAACAAGAACGGCAAAUUUUUCAACAAAUUUUGUGGGAAGAUUCUCCUUACAAUUUCUCUUCAUUAUAAGGACCAUGUUUCUUUUAUGAAUCAUAAGCAUUCUCCAAACUCAACUGCUUCAAUUAAGGACUCAACAGAAUCUGAACGUCUUCACAUUUCAUCUCAUCAAUCUUUUCAUAAAAAUCGUAAAAUGGGUGAAGGCAAACAUUUGUUGAAGGCUAUCGCUGAUCGCUUAGAAAGGAUUUUACAUAAGAAAGAACGAAACUCAAAACCCGUGGAUUGUUCAGAAACAUCAAAUUCAUUGUCUGAUUACGAAGAUAGUGUUCAAGAAAAUUCACCCCCUUGUAGUUUUGAAGAAGGCAUUGCACUAAUGCAGUCAAGAGAUAACCAACCAGAAAGUCCUGAAAAUUUGCAGGGUGGUAUUUUAGUAGAUAAGAUUUAUGAAGUAUCUCCAUACAAUCUUAAUGUAGUUCUUUUCGUGCCGGAUUCACAGUUUAGGAAAGAUUUAGCAGAACAACAAGGGACAACAAAUUUGCAAGAAGGGGCUUGGUCCUGGAAAGAUGAAGAUAUGUCUUGUUUGACUCGAGUCGUCAACUAUACAAAAGCUGCUUCAAAAUUGGUUAAAGCUCUCAAUACCACUGAGGAACAAACCUAUAUUAGAGCGACUAAAGAUGAAUUUGAUGUACUUGUUAGUGUAUGCACCCCUGAGGUUCCUUAUGGGAAUUCAUUUCGGGUCGAAAUUCUUUACAAGAUAAUGCCUGGCGAAGAUGUGUCUUGUGUAAAGGAAUCCUCACAUCUUGUGAUAACGUGGGGAAUGGUUUUCCUACAAAGCACAAUGAUGAAAGGUGUGAUAGAGAAUGGGGCUAAACAAGGUUUGAAGGAGAGUUUUGAUCAGUUUGCUAACCUACUUGCUCAGAGGUUCAAGGUGCUAGAUAAGGAGGAUUUGAUAAACAAAGAACAUUUGUUGGCAACUUUGCAGACAGAGAGCCAGUGGAAUUGGUGGCAGGCAAUUACAUACUUCUGGAAUUUCACAGUAGUUUCCACAUUUUUUAUGUGUUUAUAUGUGUUGCUGCAUAUUUUAAGGUGUGGUCCAAGUCAACCUCGGGGAUUGGAAUUUAGAGGGAUCGAACUGCCAGAUAGCUUAGGAGAACUAGUAACAAGUGGAAUUUUAGUUAUCCAGUUGGAGCGUGUUUAUCAUAUGGUAUCUCAUUUUGUGCAAGCUAGAUUUCAAAUGGGAACUGACCAUGGCAUGAAAGCACAUGGUGAUGGAUGGGUUGUUACUGUAGCUUUAAUUGAGGGUGUUGACCUAGUCUCAUUGGAGUCAACAGGGUUGUCAGAUCCUUAUGUGGUUUUCACCUGUAAUGGACAAACAAGGUCAAGCUCUGUCAAGCUUGAGACAUCAGAUCCUCAAUGGAAUGAGAUAUUAGAGUUUGAUGCUAUGGAAGAACCACCAUCAGUUUUGUAUGUGGAAGUUUUUGAUUUUGACGGUCCAUUUGACCAGGAUGUUUCACUUGGACAUGCUGAGAUCAAUUUCCUAAAGCAUACAUCCACAGAAUUGGCAGACAUGUGGGUCGUGCUUGAAGGAAAACUCGCCCAAUCUGCUCAAUCGAAAUUGCAUUUGAGAAUUUUCUUGGACAAUAACAAAGGAGUUGCAAUUAUCAAGGAUUACUUGGAGAAGAAGGAAAAGGAAGUAGGAAAAAAGUUCAAUCUUCCAUCACCUCAAAGGAAUUCUACAUUCCAGAAAUUGUUUGGGUUGCCACCAGAAGAAUUUCUAAUCAAUGAUUUCACAUGUUCCCUGAAGAGAAAAUUGCAUUUACAGGGUCGGCUAUUUCUUUCUGCAAGGGUUCUGGGAUUUUAUGCAAAUUUGUUUGGACAUAAAACAAAAUUUUUCUUCCUUUGGGAAGAUAUUGAUAACAUUCAAGUGCUUCCUCCAUCAUUAGCAUCAUUAGGAAGCCCUACAUUGGCCGUAAUUCUUCGAAGAGGACGAGGUAUCGAUGCAAGGCACGGUGCCAAGACGCAAGAUGAAGAAGGAAGGCUUAGGUUUCAUUUUCAGUCAUUUGUUUCAUUCGGUUCUGCCUCCAGAACGAUAAUGGCAUUGUGGAGAGCAAGAAUACUGAACCCCUAUCAGAAAGAACAAAUUACAGAAGAGCAUGAAGAUCAGGAGGUCUUGGUAAUGCCUGAAGACUCUGGAUCUAUCCUAGAAGAUGAGGCAAAAAUGUCCAGGAUUUACUCUGCUGAACUACCAAUUAAGAUAAGAUCAAUGAUGGGAAUUUUUGAUGGAGGAAACAUAGAGCAUAAGAUUAUGAAAAGAACCGGUUGUAUGGACUAUGACACUACACCUUGGGAACCAGUAAAACCUGAUGUACUCGAAAGGCAUGUUACGUACCAAUUUAACCGGCAUGUGUCAGUUUUUGAUGUUACAAGCACACAACAAAAAUAUCCAAAUACAAACACUGAAGGAUGGAUUGUGAAUGAAGUUAUGAUCCUCAAUGGUGUUCCAUUUUCCGAUCACUUUCGUAUUCAUUUUAGGUACGAAAUUGAGAAAUCGGCUCUUGGUGAAUGUGCUUGCAAGUGUGAUGUAUACAUUGGCAUUAUGUGGCUUAGGAGCUCUAAGUUUCAGAAAAGGAUCAAUAGGAACAUAACAUCCAAGUUUAAAAUUCGACUGGAAGAAAUAUUUGAACUACUGCAGAAAGAGAUUUUAUUGAUGUCUCAUAAAUCGAAUGUGUAAAGGAUAAAUGUAUACGGGUUAAUACUUGUUAUUUGAUUUGGUCAUGUAUAAUGUGGGAGCUGCUUGUUUUGCUUCUCUGAUGAAACAUUUUGAUACAAUAUGCUAUAUUUGGUACUUAAUUGUUUUAAAUCUUAUUAUUGUUUGAGCCGAGUA